AUGCCUAUACAUGCAGAGGUGAAAGAAGACCUCACAGCUGAAGAAGCAUUUGAAACUAAAAAGCGUAAGCUAGCUGAGCUUGGAAUGUCACUACUUGCAAACCCAGGAAACAUAAAGUCUUUGAAAGAGAUGUUGCAAGUUGUCAAAGAUGGGGAUAACUCAAUCGUAAAGCUUGGACUGCUGUCUUUGUUGGCUGUCUUCAAAGACAGUAGUCCUGGCUAUCGGAUUAGGCUUCCAACUGAAAAAGAGCUAGAAAUGAAAGUUUCCAAGGAAGUUAAGAAAAUGUGGUUCUAUGAAUCAACACUUCUAUCAGUUUACAAGGGCUACUUGCAGAAGUUAUUAGCGUUAGAAAAGCAGCCUAUAUUUCAUCAUGUUGUGGUUCGUUGUCUUUGUACUUUGCUUGAUGCUGUUCCUCACUUCAACUUCAGAGAAAGCUUGCUAGUAGCUGUUGUCAGAAACAUAGGCUCCUCAGAUGAUGUUGUAAGGGGACUUUGCUGUUCAACUAUGAAUUCACUUUUUCCAACCAAUGAGGGGAAACAUGGCGGUGAAGCUACUGUUGAGGCCGUUCGGUUUAUUGCAGAUCAUGUCAAAGCUCAUGACUGUCAACUGCAUCCUGAUUCUGUUGAGCUUUUAAUGUCUUUGUCAUUUGAUGAUGAUCUUGGGAAGCCAGAAGUUCAACAUGAUAAUAGCAAAAUGAAGAACAAGAAAAAUAUAAAGAGAGCAAAUUCUGAAGAGUCAAAUCAACUGCAAGGAAAUGAUGAAAAACAUGCCUGCCUUUUUAUCCAGAAGUUUAUGUAUCUCUGGUACACCAGUAAAUUCUAUUUUUUUUUCAGUUCUGAAGCAAAUGGUAACAUAACUUCUAGUGGGUCUGGGGCACAUCCUCUGCUAGCUCCUUGUUUGAGUGGUUUAGGAAAGUUUUCUCAUCUCAUCGACCUGGAUUACAUUGGGGAUCUUAUGAAUUAUUUGAAAAGGCUUGCCGCUGGAGGUAGCAAUUCAGAUAGUUCUGCCCAGAAAGUGCAAAAUUCGAUUGUCUCUGAGUGCCUUAGCUGCUGCAUUGUUGCCUUUAAAGUUAUGAGGAGCAAUCUAGAUGCUUUGAAUGUUGAUUUACAAGACUUUUUUGCCCAGCUUUACAAUCUUGUUCUUGAGUACAGGCCUGGAAGGUUAAUCAAAGGUGAAGUUUUAGCUGAGGCUCUUAAGGUAAUGCUAUUUGAUGAUAGACAACAUGACAUGCAAAAGGCUGCUGCAUUUGUAAAACGCUUAGCCACAUUUUCUUUGUGCUUCGGAUCUGCUGAAUCCAUGUCUGCCCUGGUAACAUUAAAGCAGCUUCUUCAGAAAAAUGUAAAGUGUCGGAAUCUUUUAGAAAAUGAUGCGGGUGGUGGCUCCGUGUCAGGAUCAAUUGCUGCUAAGUACCAACCGUAUGGCUCAGACCCCAGCUUAAGUGGUGCACUUGCUUCGGUGCUUUGGGAACUGAAUCUUCUAUCUAAACACUAUCAUCCGACCAUAUCAACGCCAGCGUCGGGCAUCUCAAGCAUGAAUUCUGCCCAAAACCAGGUUUAUAUCAACAUUUCACCUCAACAAGCUUUCAAGAACUUGUCGUUGGGAGAGGAGUCAUUCAACCCACAGGGCAGUACCCCGAAAUCGAACAACAAGAGGAAAACCAGAACCGCUGCUCUCCCCUCGAUGUUGGCUAGAGAUGAACCUUCUCCAACAGAUGAGAACGAGGUGAGCAAGAAGCUUAGUAGACAUUUCGCUCUUCUUCGGGACAUUAAAGAGAAUGAAAGAGUAAGGGGGGAGUUGGAUCGGACGACAACGUCCCUGCAGUUAUAUGAAGAAUACAAGAAGCAGCGGAAGUCAGCCAUUAAGAAAAGCAAGAGAAACAGAAUAUGUGGCCAUUGA